UCCUCGCUUAUCUGUCACGGGCGUUCUUGUAAACGCGGGGUCCCCCUCCCCAGCCCCCACCGCAUUUGGAUCUCACACUCUUGAGCGGUUGCGCCGCGCACGCAUCUGAUGGAUCAUACUAAUUCAGCAGUGAACCUCUCUGGGUAGAUGAGGCGCAGCGCAGCAUUGGAGCCGGGCUCUGUGCCUGCGUUUGGGUGAAUGUGCUCUCCUGAAACAAGAGAGCCGGAGGAAGAAGUAAAAAAGGGGGAGAUAAUAAGGAGGAGAGGCGGGAACGGAUUGGGAUCCUCUUUGUGAAAUCGAUCGAUCAGCAUCUCCCUUCGUGGACUGAAUGGACGUUUGAUCAGUGGAUGUGAUGCCCAUUUAUGUCAUCGACCGAAAAUUUCCUGACAUAUCUGGUGAGUUGUUACAGCCGGCCGGUGAAGGAGGAGAUCUGAGAAUGACAGAAACGAAUACUCCCAAAUCGGCGAAGAAGCUCCGCUGGACCUCGUUGGAGAUCGGUCUCAUUACAAUCGUCUCUUUGCUCUUCAUCGUCAUUGUUGCCCUCAUCAUCCUCUUUGCCACUCAGAAGACUGAUGAAAUCUGCACCACAGCCGACUGCACGCAGUCAGCGUCUCGCCUCAUUGAGAACAUGGACUCCACGGUGGACCCUUGUGAUAACUUCUAUCAGUAUGCCUGCGGAGGGUGGCUAAAGAAGAACAUCAUCCCAGAGACCAGCUCCAGAUACAGCACGUUUGACAUCUUGCGUGAUGAGCUGGAGGUCAUCCUCAAAGGUGUUCUUGAAAAGACAGUGGAAGGAGAGGCUGCUGCUCUCACCAAGGCUAAGACCCUUUACAAGUCCUGCACCAAUGAGAGUUUAAUUGAGCUUAGAGGAGGAGCUCCUUUGCUCAACAUGCUGCCUGAUGUGCUCGACUGGCCAAUAGCUGUGGACGACUGGGAGUCCGUCUACGGAACAACUUGGAGGUUGGAAGAUGUCAUUGCCAGGUUAAACGAGAAAUAUGGAACUCAACUCUUGGUUAACUUUUUUGUUGGCACCGAUGACCGGGACUCCACUUCACACAUUAUUCAUUUUGACCAGCAGACGAGCCUCGGCCUCUUAUCCAGAGACUACUAUGCCUGUGACGGUUCCUAUGCAGAGGUGUGUCGAGCUUACGAGCAGUUCAUGAUUGACCUGGCUAAGCUGAUCCGCACCGAUCGGGGACUGGAAAUCAAUGAGACCCGCAUAAGAGAGGAGGUGACGCGAAUCAUGGACGUGGAGAGGGACAUUGCCUAUGCCACGGACACUCCGGAGGAUCGGAACGACCCGGUGCUGCUUUACAAUAAGAUGGAACUGGGCAACCUGAACACAAACUUCACUCUUAAAGUAGAUUCGCAGGUAUUCGACUGGAUUUACUUCACAGCUAGCAUAAUGGACACAGUCAACAUCAGGAUUCCUAACACCGAGAAAGUCGUAAACUACUCUCCCAACUAUUAUAGGAGACUCAACCCUGUUUUGGCCAAAUACACAAAGAGGGAUCUGCAAAACUACAUGGUGUGGCGCUUUGCAAUGAACAUGGUGGUGGGCCUGAGCCGGGCUUACAGAGACACAAGGAAAGCUUUCCGCAAGGCCUUGUCUGGGACGACGUCAGAUGUGGCCGUGUGGCGGCAGUGUGCUCUGUACGUCAAUAACAACCUGGACAACGCUGUGGGACGACUGUACGUGCAGGAGGCCUUCUCUGAAAAGAGUAAAGAGCUGAUGGAGGAGAUGAUCAAAGACCUUCGGGAGGUGUUCAUUAGCAACCUUGAUGAACUCACCUGGAUGGACGCAGAGACAAAGAAAGCGGCUGAGGAAAAGGCUCGAGCUAUUCGGGAACGGAUUGGCUACUCUGAAAAGAUUAUGGUGGAUGAAUAUCUGAACAAUGAGUACAAAGAUCUGAGCUACAGCGCAGAGGAGUACUUUGAAAACAUCCUAGAGAACCUGGAGUAUGUGCAGAAGAAACGCCUGAGGAAACUGAGGGUUAAAGUCAACAAAGACGAGUGGGUAACUGGAGCUGCUGUGGUCAACGCCUUCUACUCAUCCAGCAAAAACCAGAUAGUGUUUCCUGCAGGUAUCCUUCAGCCUCCUUUCUUCAGCAAAGGCCAGGCUAAUUCUCUCAACUACGGCGGCAUCGGCAUGGUAAUUGGUCACGAGAUUACACACGGUUUUGAUGACAAUGGUCGUAACUACGAUAAAGAUGGUGACCUGAAGGACUGGUGGACACCAGACUCCACCCACAGAUUUCUACAGUUGUCCAAGUGCAUUGUUGAUCAGUAUAGCAACUUCUCUUGGGACCUGGCCAAUGGACUACAUUUAAAUGGUAACAACACCCUUGGGGAGAACAUUGCAGACAAUGGAGGCAUUCGACAGGCAUAUCAGGCUUACAAGAACUAUGUGAGAAAGCAUGGAGAGGAACCACCCCUCCCUGGCAUCGACCUUUCACACGAUCAGCUGUUUUUCUUAAACUUUGCUCAGGUGUGGUGUGGAACAUAUCGACCAGAGCAAGCUGUUAGUUCCAUUAAAGUAGAUGUACACAGUCCAGGGAAAUUCAGAGUCCUGGGCUCUCUCAGAAAUUUUCCAGAGUUUGCCAAAGCUUUCCACUGCAGCAACAGCAGCUACAUGCGUGCUCAUCCGGUUUGUCGUGUGUGGUGAUUUGAGAGCUCUGGGAUGGGGUCUCCCUGUUCCCUCCCCUCCCCUUUUUGGUACCUCUCCCCUUGGACUGCUGGAACACUCGAGGGCUACAGGAAGGUGGGGACUUCCUUUGGUUCUUUACAGGAUGGACCAUGGCUGAUGGACAUUCUUUGCAGUAUAUGCACUUCAUCGCAGGACAGCAGCAGACUGAACCCUUUAGGGCAGAAGGAGCACUGUAUCUUCUGAUACUGUACUUCAUUAAAUCAGCCUGUUUGUUCUCCUACUCACUGGAUAAACCACCUCCUUACAUUUUCUUUUCACUAUUCUUAACGUCUUAUGCUUUGAGUCUGUCUGUUUCUUUCUAGGUGCAAAUGUGAGUGGGUGUCAAUCAAAAUGCUUUACAAGUUGUAGGCAAUAGAGUGGUGGACAGAAACGAGCGCUGCCCACUCGCACGUUAAAACACCGCCUACCCACUCACUCGUGCACACAUGCAGCAGGGCCGAACCACUGUACUGUAUGUGGGACUCGGUGGUUUACGCAUAAAACCUCAACUGUUAUCAGCCUUCGUCUAGCCUACAAGGACUUGUAAGAGUCUUUCACCCUUUUUAGUUUAAUGUCACGAAACAGGGAUUUAUUUUGUUGACUAGAUUGAUAUUUAAUUGUAAUCCUUUAUUAUGCUGUUCAAUAUGUUACUGACUUUAUUGCUGUUGACAGCCAUUAGCAGAAUGAAGACGGUUAACCAAAAUGAAGAUCUUGCCUUUGCUUAGAUGACCACUGGUCAUGAGUAACGGAGAUGACAAUCUAGACUCCAGACCCUUUUCACUUGUCCUGAGCCUCCUGUUUGUUUCUGUCUGUGUAUUGUUUGUACGUCUUACCAUCACUGUUAAUUAAUUAUGCCUUACAGUUAUGUUUUACCAUGUGUAUGUUUGUGGGAGAAAGGAUCGGAACAUUUAUUAAAGAAUUAGACUUUUUAACCACGCUCGUUCUGGUUUCUGAAUGUGAAAGAUUCCACACCACGAGGGAAGCUUUAUGCUCAGAAGCUAUUUGUCUACAGUGAUCAGCUUUGGGAUCUUUAUAUUCUUUAAAGUGUACAUGUGUUUACUUGCUUCCCAAAUAACUUAAAAAGAAAAAAUGUGAGUUCUUAAAGUGCAGAACAAUUGCAUGGGUUGGUAUAGCAGGAGGUAUCUUAAUGCGACUUAGUUCCUGCCUGGACCAAUGACUUCAUGCAGACAUGCUAGUUGCUUAGAAACCGAACUGUUGCCAUGGGUAGGGUACUUGUUGGUUUUUUGCACUUCUAUUAAGAACAAAAUAUGUAUUGAAAUUGUUAACGUUUUAUUCAUGAAACUUGUCCAUUUGGUUAGACUUGGGUUUUAGGCACAAUGUUGACUAAAUGGGAAGCGUAAAGUAUACCUAGGGACAUUUUUUACCCAGGUUUUUAUAAAAUAUAUUAACAUUGUUUGAGGCUUUCAAAGAUUUACACCACUACACAUGUUCAGGUUUUAGUCACGUUUGAGGCGUUCUUGAUGCAAUGCAAUUUUCUGAUUUCUUUAAAAAUGUGAAGUUUUAGUUUUUUUCCAAAACACAAAUGCAACUGAUGUGCCAUCCUUUAGACUACGUCUUACUGUAUACAGCAUCGCUAAUGUCCGUCAUUGUUCUAAACCUUUGUGGUUGUGUCUGCAAGGAUUCAGUUGCUUUGGUCACUGUUCUUCAUUCUUGAGCUUCUUGUUUUCAUUUGUAGAAAAAUGAAUACCUCAGUUGCCUGUAUGAAGAGACUUUAUAAUGACAAAUCUUUUCUUUCAACAAUAAAUCUUUAUAACAUGCAGUA